AUGGCUUCUGGUCAGAAACCGGAUCUGGUGAUGAGCGACCUCCGAGCAAACCCUCCGUUCGGUGACGCUUUCCUUACAACGGAUAUCCCUGCCAUCCUUUCCUUCGCUGCGGUCCCCUUGCUGGACAGGAAUGCCCCGCCCUCCAAGAAGCUCUGCGGUGCUGGCCCCUUUGCCGCCAACCCCGCCGCUGAUGUGAACCUUGAACAAGUGUCUUGUGAGACCAACCCUGCGCACUCUGGGGUGCCUGCUGGCCGUUUCAUGCACCUCCGUCGCAACCGCGACUCAGUCGGAGAAACAGUGGUUUCAAUGGACCGGGAUCUCCUCACCCUCGUGACUGUCAUCUUCCCAGAGUCCCUCGCUGAUGACCAUCGCUACAAAAUAGUGGCAAGGGUGAACGCUACCCUUCGAAACAACCAGUUCACCUCCGGCAAGGUCCCUAACUUCGAAUCGUUGGCUGGAGAAAAUCUCCGUUUUCCCCGCAAGACCUAUGCCGACCACGUGUUUCAGUGGCCGACGCGUGACGACGCCCGCUGCUUCCGCAAAGCUCUUCCCAUCGCCUACCGCCUGCAGGACGGUUCAUACAUCGACAUUAAGCCGUAUGUUGACCCCGGACCUGAGUUUACCGCCGCGAAAGCCAACGGUGAAACUCAUCUCCUCCUGCGCAACAUCCCGAUUGGUUAUUCUCUGGAUGCUGUCAAGAAAAUGCUCCUCUCCCAGUGCAACAAGGCUGGUCGCAAGUGGCUGCGCGACGUUAAGUUGUUACACAAGAUCCUUGAUCCGUAUGAGGAGGUGUAUCACCCUCAGAUGGCCGGACUGUUUGAACAGAUCCCUGCUGUAAUCUGGCUCCCGGGCAUCCUGGAGCCCAUGCUCUUGAACCUUUCCUGCCACUGCUGUGCGGUUUGCAACAGCAACCACCGCACCUCCGACCAUUCCAGCUUUGCGGUGAUGCGCAAGUCACGCAUCAACAAUCCUUUCCAAAUAUCUGUGGCUCAACUCCAAUCCGUUAAUGUGCCAUCUGCCUUCAAAGCCGACCCCGAGCUACUCUACAUAGGCAUCGACAUAGAUUUCGAAGUUUGGACCUGCGUUGCCUGCAGCUACGUUUGUGGCUGGGCGCUGGACAGCGCUGUCCGCCACAUGCAAGACUCAUCCCACAUUGCCAACAUCAGUCUUUUCUCCAAUGCCCCUACGCCUAUCGACGAGUUGGGUGGCACCAAAGUCAAGGCGCUGCUGCAGCAUGAGAGCAUUGCUUUCUUCUUAUCUAAGGAGUAG